AUGUUUAGCUUAGCCUUCUCUGUCAGCUGCGAGGGCUUUAUAUGCGAUAAAUGCAGGGAAAUAGUUAGGCUGACAGAGAAGAUCUUAGAAUUAGAGUCUCGCAUCCAAUCUUUAUCUGAGGAUAGUAAGAGUUUAACGACGAUAGAAAACACUUUGGAUGCGAGCAACAUUAGCGCACACAGCUCGGUUCCGGUUGAAAAUCCCCCGCAGCUGGGAAACUUCGUGACUGUGAGACGGCGUAGUCGCAGGACAAAACAUCACUCGACCGUUCCGAUUACAGUCUCGAACAGGUUUGCCCCGCUCAGUGACGCACCGACUGAGAAACCUGCUGAAAGUGCCCUAGUUAUCGGUGAUUCUAUUGUUCGGAACGUUAACAUAGAGGCACCAGCCACCAUAGUCAAAUGUUUACCGGGAGCCAGAGCGCCUGACAUCAAGUCAAAUUUAAAUGUGCUGGCUAAGGCUAAUCGUAAAUUCAGUAAGAUUGUCAUUCACGUCGGCACAAAUGAUGUUCGACUCCGUCAAUCGGAGAUCACAAAAGAUAACAUUAAAGAGGUGUGUGAGCUCGCAAGCAUGAUGUCAGACACUGUAAUAUUCUCUGGCCCCCUCACUGCUUAUCGUGGUGAUGAGAUUUAUAGCAGAUUAUCAUCACUAAAUGGCUGGUUGUCUGAGUGGUGCCUGCAGAAUGAUAUAGUUUUUAUAAAUAACUGGAAGAGUUUUGAGGGCAGACCUGACCUGUUGAAACGAGAUGGUCUCCAUCCCUCCUGGGCUGGGACUUCCAUCCUGUCUAGAAAUAUGGCAAAAAGUCUUAAUGCUAAUGCUAAAACUUGACUCGCUGGGGCCCAGGUCAGGGAGCAGACAGUAUGGCUUAACCAACUGUCUGCUUGCCGUCUCACGUCGCAGAAUACACAAAAUGUACAACAUGUAGUAAUCCGUUCUCCCAAACAUCACAAAAUAGAGACUGUGUCUGUCCCCCGGAUUAGCAAACAUAAAAUAAUGCGUAAACCUCUUGAAAGUAAUUUAAUAAACGUUAAACAAACUAAACAUGAACAAAAUACAGAUAAUC